GAGUACCUGUCGCAGAUUGACAAGGACCUGCACCGCACGUUCCCGGGCCACCCGUGCAUGGACCUGGGGGGCCGCGCCGCGCUGCGCCGCAUCCUGUCGGCGUACGGGCAGCGCAACCCUGCUGUGGGGUACUGCCAGGGGCUGAACUUUCUGGGGGCCACCUUCCUGCUGCUGCUGCCCGAGGAGGAGGCCUUCUGGUGCCUGGCGGCGCUGGUGGAGGACCUGCUGGGCACAGCCUACUUUGAUGAGCGCAUGGCGGCGCCGCAGGUGGAUGUGCUGGUGUACGGCCACCUCCUGCAGGGCCGCUUCCCCACGCUGUGGCGCCACCUGGCUGCGCUGGAGGUGGACGCCGCCUCCGUCACCCUCCACUGGUUCCUCCUCUGCUUCCUCAACUCCCUGCCCCUGGACAGCGCGCUGCGG